GUGAUUGGCGGAUGUGUCUGUACAGCAGCCCAUUUCUAACCAAUGAAAUAUGUUUUCUUCAUUUGUUGUACAAGAAGAUCCAAUCAGGGAAUGUCAACACAUCCUUAUAAAUUAGCAUGAGCUUUCAAUAAAUACCCAGUUCUCUGCAGUAAAGGGAACUAUUGUGUUUUGAUCUAAACUCGCAUCAUGCCUGAACCAGCGAAGUCUGCUCCCAAAAAGGGCUCCAAGAAAGCGGUCACUAAGACCGCGGCCAAAGGAGGAAAGAAGCGCAGAAAGUCCAGGAAGGAGAGCUACGCCAUCUACGUGUACAAAGUGCUGAAGCAGGUUCAUCCUGACACCGGGAUCUCUUCGAAGGCGAUGGGGAUCAUGAACUCUUUCGUCAACGACAUCUUCGAGCGCAUCGCCGGUGAGUCGUCUCGUCUCGCUCACUACAACAAACGCUCCACCAUCACCUCGAGAGAGAUCCAGACCGCCGUGCGUCUGCUGCUGCCCGGAGAGCUGGCCAAACACGCCGUGUCUGAGGGCACCAAGGCCGUCACCAAGUACACCAGCUCCAAGUGAAGUGUGACCUGACUCGGACAACCCCAACGGCUCUUUUAAGAGCCAC